AUGUCAAUCCGAGACCGAAAGGCGUACGUUCGCGCGGUUAAGCUGAUCUCUACCCAUCCAUGGUUUAGAAAGGAUUAUGAAAAACUCUUAACCAUCCAUAAAACAUAUUUUAAUCAACAAAUUCACGAAUUUGAAUACUUCCUACCCUGGCAUAGAUGGUUCAUUUUAAAAUAUGAGGAUCUAUUACGACGAGUUAGUUGUCGAAUAACAGUUCCCUAUUGGGAUUUCACGCUGACCGCAGGGGAACCGUUCACGGGCGCAAUUUGGAACAAAACUGCCGCAGGAUUAGGAGGCGACGGGGUGGGCCCCCCAAGAUUAUGUGUCAAGAAUGGCCAGUUUCGGGAGGGAAAAUGGUUCCUCAUCCGAUCGGCGGGGGGUGGGUGCUUAAAACGGAACUUUCUCCGAGAUGAAAUAUUUCCAGACCUGAUAGCCUUACAACAAUUUUUGUCCAUGUUUUCGUCCGCUGAUAAAUUGAAGGACUUCGAAUUGAUGCUUCGAAAUGAUUUUCAUAAUAAUAUACAUUUUUUUAUUGGUGGAUUCGGUGGCACAAUGAGCGGUCUGGAUUCGGCAACAGCCCCCGAAUUUUUCUUACUUCAUGCUAUGGUCGACAAGAUAUGGGCUGAUUGGCAGAAAAAGAGCGCCAAGCACUUGUAUCCUACGGAAUUUUUGUACCAGAACGGCAAGAUGCCGGGGACUGAGUACUACUCGCGUGAUUUCCUCAACCUAAGUCAGCAACCUCGAUGUACGGCGGUCAAAUACACAGGCCCGGACAAAAAGAUGAAACCACUUGUGGCGAUGAUCCAAAAGCUUUCAGGUUUGUGAUUUAUUUAUUUAUUUAUUUUUAUUUAUUUAGCUUUGCCAACUAGGGCAGGGUCACCACAACAGCAUAUGCCAAUUACUGUGGGCCCUUUUUUACCUAACCCACCCUGUCAACUUUUCCUGUGGGAGGAAACCGGAGUACCCGGGGAAAACCCAAGGCUUUCGGCAGAGCGUUGACUUUUACUCUUUUCACAUGGGGACUGGGUUCGAGUCGCACUGAGAAGGUGCUUAGUGAGACUCGAACCUGCAGCCUCAGAGGUGAAAGGCAAGUGCGCUAACCACUUGGCGACUUAAGAGAUUUUUGAAGCCUAUGAAUAAUACCACCUGUACAGUGUAUAGGGAACAACAACACUUACCGAACAAGCAACGUAUAAAAGCUUGAAGCAAAUCGCAUGCGUAAUUAAAAGAUACUGCAAUACUUUUAUGGUCAAUUGAAUCUCGUGAAAGAGCUUCUUUAAACUUUUCACCGAAAAAACUCAAACAAAUUAUCAAAAUUAGUAAAAAUGCAAAAAAUUAUUCUCUUCGAGGUAAUUUUUUAUCCAAUGACGAAUAAUAAUGAAAGAGAUAAAUGAUAAGCUAUCCAAGCAUGAAAUAUAUUUUCUAAAACUAUUGAAUUAAGUCUGGUACGUUUAAUGUGUGCAUUAUUCGUGCGCCAGGAGUAUAUAUUAUGACGUGCAUUUUGAAGGAGAAAAUAUACUAAUUUAAACUAUAAAAUUGAGCUAUAAAAGAACGAAUUAUCGUAAAUUGUCGCUAUUUAUAACAUGCGAAGGAGUGUAUUUGUGUUAUAUAGGAGUUUUUCAUGGAUUUGUGUUGAUAACGAAAUUUAAAAUAUUUAAUCAUAUGUUUCAUUUAAGACAAAAGCAAAAUCCCAUUAUAUACUUAACAUCAUCUUAAAGAACAUUGGUAAUAAAAAGUUAGUUUAAUCCAUUUGAAAGAACUCUUAAAACUAUAUACUAAACUCAUCAAUACUCUAUUACACAUUUCUUAUAAACAAGGGCAGAUUUCGUGCUCGACCAAUCAGCGCAUUUGUUUACAUUUUCGCUCUCAGCUAAUCACAAUGCAGGAAACGAGCAGUUUACACCAAGGCGAGCUAGAAAAUAUUGCCGUCUUCUCGGGCUUCCGUGAUAUUCAAUUUUAACUUUUUUAAUUUAAAACCAAAAGAUCAUGAUGCAACACAUUAAAAUCUAAAACUUUGCUGUGGGCAUUUUUAAAUUUCGACCUGGAACAGAAAAUAUCCAUGUUUGAAAUUUUUCCCAAUGUCGCGUAUACAAAUUUGAGUAAUCUAAUUUGACUGCAAUAAAACUAAAAAUUGCUAUUAUUUUCUUUGCUUUUAAGUUUUUGUUGGAAAACUCUUUUUCAUUCUUCUUGCAAAUUGUUUUGGUCAAUGUUUUAUUUCAAAACCUAGACGAUAACGCGUUUGCAGCGCCUGAUUUAAAAAAAUAUAUAGUCGCACUCUCGCAAUCAUACGGGAAAUCAAUACAAAAAUAUUGUCCGACCGACUUUGCAGAAAAUCAGACUCUCUAAACGCGUUAUCUUCUAGGUUAUGAAAUAAUACAUUGACCAAAACGAUUUUCAACAAGAGCGAAAAAGAUUUUUCCAACAAAAACGUAAAGCAGAGAAAAUAUAGCAAAUUUUUAAUUUUAUUGCAGUCAAAUUAGAUUACUCAAAUUUGUAUUACGCGACAUAGGGAAAAAUGUCAAGCAUGGAUAUUUUCCGUUCCAGGUCGAAAUUUAAAAAUGCCUACGGAGAUUUUAAUGUGCUGCAUCACAAUCUUUUGGUUUUAAAUUAAAAGAGCUAAAAUUGAAUGUCACAGAAGCCCGAGAAGAUGGCGAUAUUUUCUAGCUCGCCUUGGUGAAAAUGUCUCGUUUCCUGCAGAGAGCGAAAAUGUAAACAAAUGCGCUGAUUGGUUGAGCACGACAUCUGCCCUUGUUAUUUCUUAUAUCUUGCUUAGUUUUCAAACUAUUUCGAUUAAAAAAAGUGAGCUGUUCGUCUUGGAUUAUUGAGAUUUGAGAAGAUGCAUGUUACGUCAAGAGAGCUAGGGGUCAUGCCAUUUUUUUUAUCUUGAGAGUAAGCGAUCAAUAUGGGUCCAAAACUUCGUUUGUGGUUGCUGUCUGAAAUUUAGAAAUGAUUAAAUAAACUUUUCAAACAAUUUUUGAAUGUUACUCGGUCAUUUUAGAGUAGUUUUAUAAGGUUAACUCAACUCCUGACAUAAUCAAAACCAUAGUUAAUGAGGUCAAGAAUUAGUCCAAGAUGGCGGACAGUUGAUUAUUUUCGGUCUAAAUAAGUUUUCGAGAAGUAAGCAAGAUAUGAAAAAUCGGUAAUGUAGUUUAAUAUAUUAUUUUUGAACAUAUAAUAUAUAAUUUUUUUGAAUGAGGCAAGCUAAUUUUUUAUUCCCUACAAAUGAACAUUAUUUCAUUUUGCAAAUAAGUUUCUACUUUUCGUUGCAAAUUGUUCUUAUGUAUUCAAUUUUUAAUUGAAAUGAGAAAUGAAUAUAAAAUCAUAUUACUAUUCCUUCAUGUUUUCAGCUCGCCCAAGCGUCAUCAACAGAAUUCCACGACGAAACUGGGCGCAUCUAAGAAAGGAGGUUAUAGACAUUUUCAAAUUAAAGGCUGUGGAACAGCAAAGACUCAAGGUGCUUCACCUUCUCUUCAGACCACGUGUUGCAUUAAAAAACAACGCACUACAAGGAGUUGACCGAAAGCUAGGCUUUAGCGUAAAGAAGGUUCAAGAAAUGGCCGGUUCUGGAAAAUAGAGACAUAAUUGGAAAGAAAAUACGUUUGAUAUAAUUACACGUAAUUAGUAAAACUAGUUUAAAUAGAUUUACACAUAAAUGCAAAUUUAGAAAUUAACAACAUUGAUUUUUGACUCAAUUUUUUAACUAUUAGAGUGCCUAUAUCAUGGUUUUGGAGUUUGCAUAUCUCGAAAGUUUAGGAUAUUUUAAGACACUUUGCGAUAUAUUUUGUUAUUGAAAAAUUACAUCUUGAUGGAUAUAUUAGCUCUUAAAGUUAGCGGACAUGACGUCAAAAAGAGAAUUUUGUUGCAAUGAUACAAAGGAAAACUGAUUUGCCAUUCUCCUUUUG